AUGUCGGGUACAGAGGCUGAAGAUUCCACGCCUGUUCUUGUCUACUACCUGGCGGGGUACAUCUUUCUUUCUUAUGUGAUCAGUGCUAUGGGAUGUGUGACCACACUAGAGCUUCUUCACAGGAGGACAUCAAGAUCGGGAUUCUAUAACUGGUAUCUAUUGCUCACCUCAUCAAUCACAAUGGGCGGUAUUGGAAUCUGGUGCAUGCAUUUUAUCGGCAACAGAGCCAUUGUCCUCGGCCAUGGAGAAAAGGAAAUGCAGGUUCUAUACAAUGUUGCCUUCACAGGAACAUCUUUCGUACUACCUGUGGUGGUCUUGCUCGCGGCAUUUUACACCGUCGGUGUCGAAGAGAAGGCAGGGUACAUUCGCAUCUUAAUAGGAGGUGUACUGACCGGGAGCUCUGUAUGCGGAAUGCAUUAUGUGGGCCAACUUGGAAUUUCAAACUACAAGUGUUCCUACAAAGUCGCCAAUGUGGUUGGGUCGGCCAUCAUCGCUGUAUUUUCGAGUACAACCGCUCUCGGCAUCUUUUUCAGAUGGAGAGCGACGUGGACUAAUAGCUGGUGGAGGCGUGGACUGUGUGCGUGCUUGUUGGCUGCUGCCGUAUCAGGUAUGCAUUGGACGGCGGCCGUUGGCACUUCAUAUUGGAAAUCGGAUAAUGGGGUUCAUCAUGGUACUCAGCUUUCUCGGAGUCAAGUCGUCAUUAUCUGUGCGGUACUUGCUUGCGUAUCUUGUGUUAUUCUGUCUGCGUGUGCCAUUGUGGCCGGUGAGAACAGACGACGAUCAACUACUCGUGCGCAUCAGCUGGUUCUUGCCUGCGCGUACUUUGACCACGCAGGCCGUGUCAUGGUGACACCACAGGCGCUCUUACCCACAAAGAAGAUUGUAGAUCACUACAUAGGACGGACGUUCAAGGAUGACGAUCUCACUCGCACGCACCCGGCCUUUCUGUGGGCCUUUAGGGCUAGUCGGAACUGGCUUGUCGUGAAAGACCUUAUUCCAUUCAUGCAAAACCGACUUGAAUCUGAAGAGCGAGCGAUUGAAAGACACAUGCUGUCUAAUGGAGUCUACAUGGACAAGGAUACAGAGCUGCAGACAGACUUCGAUACACUCUUCAAGCACCUCUUCUGUGUCUCGGCACAAAAUCUCUCAAAUGACCUGCGAGUUCCUCUUCAGGAUCUGGGAACCCUAUAUGACGACGUCCUGGCAACCGCCAUCCCGGUUUCUCGAUUGUCUCGCGCAAUGGGUCGCUCAUCAAUACGCACUGGAAAAGGUCAAAUGAUGUUCAGUGUGCGACAAUUAGAGAAGCACGAAGCGACUCGCUUACGAUCCUUUGGAUUCCGAUUCGCAACCAUCGAGCAUAUCACAGGAACUCUCUCCCGUCGUGUACACGUCCCCGAAACAAUCCUCACCGAGCGUCUCCGAGAUAUGCGUGAUUAUGCAUCUUCCAACCGCUCAUUCUCUACCGGUGUGCACUUAAUCUCGUUCGUGAUGAGGCCCACAGUCCACGACCACUUCGAGAUUCUCACUACAAAGGGCACCGGUAACCCAUUGCCAUCUACAACUCUCCCCAUGACAAGACUUCAGGUUCAACAUCUAGAUCUCAUCUCCCAUAUGGAGGGAUGGACCAUGAACGCCUGUCUCAAAUACCUACAAUCCAAAGCCGCCUCACAAUCUGAUAUCGGCAUGGAAGCAUUCCGAGAGCACCUUGUUGAAGGCAUCAGCACACUAGCGAAGUCAUUCCCAGAAGAUAUGCGUGCUGCAGCAACAUUUUCAGCUCGACCACUCCUCGCCCCGUGCCGCCCGACAUCCAGAGCCUCGGAAGAGUCCAAUCACCAACCAAACUGCACCCUCCUCACCUUCUGCGUAGUGGGCACGCUAGACACACAAGUGCCAAACCCAGACUUCGUCUUCACACCUUUCAGACUCUUCCGCGUGCAGCAACAAGUAAACGACGCCAUCGCUGACCGCGAUGGGUUCAGCCGCGAGCUAAGCCAGGAACUCUUUUGCACUGAUGUAUGCAGUAACUCAACCACCUCAGAGGAUACCAAGGUUGAAACCAGGCACAUUUCUUUCCCACGCACUUUCCCUCGAUUUUGGCCAUUGCAGAAGCAAUUCCCGCCUGGCAAUCUGAACACUUCACAAACAUCUUUGGUGGAGCCGGUUCUGCCUGUUCUGGGAGAUAUUACCGUAUCAAAGGAAGUGCGUGUGGAUGUAACGCGCAUCAAUGAGAACGCUGCUGUCCAGAACGUCAUCAGCACUCACGAUGCCUUCGUUGCUGCAGGUGACGCGGCUCUUGCGCCCAUGACUUACGUCGAUGAGUUAUAUAGUCUUUGCUAUGCGCCUGGAAUUCGCUUGCAGCGGACUGAUUCAGCGUCUUUCUCACCGAAGCGUAGAUCGUACUGA